UCUGGACCUCCCCCGCGUCCACAUUUGGUAUAUGCAGCCGGAAGCCGGGACUGGGGUGGUCCCACGCCUGUGCACGGAUGGUGGUGGCCUGCGAGGGUCAAUUUUAGCGAGGGAGGAGGCCGUCCCGUUUAGUUCACGUAACUACAGGUUUGCGGAACUGCAAAGCUCCGGAAUGGGAUGAGACGUGCCGCUGCUCCGGGGAACACACGCGCCGCGGGUCUGGGAAAACCAUAUCUAACAAGAUCAAAGCUGCAGGAGAAUGGACAGUGAGGUACAGAGAGAUGGAAGGAUCUUGGACUUGAUUGACGAUGCUUGGCGAGAAGACAAGCUGCCGUAUGAGGAUGUUGCAAUACCACUGAAUGAGCUUCCUGAACCUGAACAGGACAACGGUGGCACCACAGAAUCUGUUAAAGAACAAGAAAUGAAGUGGACCGACUUGGCCUUACAGUAUCUCCAUGAGAAUGUUCCCCCUAUAGGAAACUAAUAGCUGGCUCCUCCUUCAUGGACAGAUUUUUGAAAAAUACAUAGAUACAAAAUGUUUUCUUUCGUCUCCUCAUUCAGAUCUUGAAGUGAUACAUCUACACUCAAAAAUGUACACCUGCCUAGUUUUUGUGACAGCAAAAUGCAAUGUGGAAAUACCAGAAUGAGGAAUUGAUUGAGAUUUCUCAGGAAUGCAGAGUAUUUGGCCCUUUGAACCAAAAGUUCUUCAUUCACCAGCUUGUGUUUGAAUGUGACUGGUUCAGCAUUUGCCUUUCAUUCUGAUUUCGCUUUACUGUCAGAGUUUAACCCAUCGCAGCUACUUCCUUGUGUCCCGUGACACAGGUGACUGAAGACAUGAGAGGGGUGGACAAAGACAGGGAAGCCAGGUGUAAGGAGAGUGUUAACUUCUCACAUGCCUCCCUCUGAGCAACGGUGUAUAGCACCUGCAGGUAGAAUGGAUGUCUGGAUAACCCACUCACUGAUGGCUGGGAUUCCUAAGAUCCCCUGUGGCGUUUUCAAAAUUUGGAUAAAUUCACAGAUUAAAGCUUAUCUGGGGACGCCUGGGUGGCUCAGUCGGUUAAGCAGCUGCCUUCAGCCCGGGUCAUGAUCC